CCAAACAAAAAAGAUUUAAAGAAAAGAAGAGCCAAGAACUCUUUAACCUGCACUCAGUGCAGAAAGUUUUUCACAAACAAAAAAAAACCUUGAUGUUCACAUGAGAGUUCAUACUGGUGAGAAACCGUUCACUUGGGAUCAGUGCGGGAAACGUUUUGCACAAUUAGCAACCCAUAAGAUACACAUGAACAUCCACACGAGAGAUAAACUAUACGCAUGUGAUCAGUGCGGGAAAACAUUUUUAAGGGCUUCAGACCUGAAGAAACACCUGAGCGUUCAUACUGAAGAGAAACCUUUCACUUGUGAUCAUUGUGGAAAGAGCUUAACUCACUCAUCAAACCUUAAGGAACACGUGAACAUUCACACGAGAGAUAAACUAUACGCAUGUGAUCAGUGCGGGAAAACAUUUUUGUGGGCUUCAUACCUGAAGAAACACCUGAGAGUUCAUACAAAGGAGAAGCCACAUUCAUGUCAUUUGUGUGGAAAAAGAUUUUCAUGUCUACAAUAUUUGAAAGUACAUCAGAAAAUACAUGCUGCUGUGAGAGAGUACAUGUGCUUUGAGUGUGAAAAGACUUUUACUACAGCAAACUGUUUAAAACAGCACCAGAGGAUUCACACUGGAGAGAAACCUUACAAGUGUUCACACUGUGACAAGAGAUUCAUUCAGUCAGGAAUCCUGAAAACACAUGAGAGGAUCCACACUGGAGAGAAACCGUUCACUUGUGAUCAGUGCGGUAAGAGUUUUAGCUUUACUCACUCAUCAAACCUUAAGGAACACGUGAACAUUCACACUAGAGAGAAACUGUACACAUGUGAUCAAUGUGACAAAACAUUUUUGUGGGCUUCAUACCUGAAGAAACACCUGAGAGCUCAUACAAAGGAGAAGCCACAUUCAUGUCAUUUGUGUGGAAAGAGUUUUUCACGUUUACAAAUUUUGAAGGAGCAUCAGAAAAUACAUACUGGUGUGAGAGAGUACAUGUGCUUUGAGUGUGAAAACACUUUUACUACAGCGCAGUGUUUAAAACUGCAUGAGAGGAUCCACACUGGAGAG